GCAAAAAAUGGAUAAUUUCAAUCAAUUGAUGUAUUGGAACGAUAUUAUUAACGAGGAUGUAGAGGAGAUUGCUGAGGAAUGGGAGAUUGGGAGAGAUAUUCUUGGGCUCCGAGAUUGAUUCACAAUUUCCGAUCGAAAAUUCGAACAGAUGUUUAGGUUGACCAAAGAUUUGGUGUAUGAAUUGCUGGAGAUAUUGACUCCAUUCAUACAACCACCCCGACGAGCUUCUGCACUUUCGAUCAUAACAAAGGUUUUGGCCACUCUAAGAUUCCAUGCUAGUGGCAGCCAUCAGGAGAUCACUGGCUCCAACCAUUUUGUUGGGAUUAGCCAGGCAUCGAUGAGUAGAGCAAUAAAGGAGGUAACAGAGGCAUUAAAUCAACCACAAAUUCUUGCAAACAAAGUAUGCUUUCUCAGAGAUCACAGGAACAAGAAGCUCUGAGUAGAAGUUAAGUUUCCUUAAUUAGUGGCA